AUGUCAUCUCUAAAGACCCAAUCCAUAGAAACGCGAAAUGCGUCAUCCAUAAAAGUCGUCAACGAUGCCUUUAAUCGGAUUAUAGCGUCUGUGAACCACACCACUCACGAACUUGCCUCUGGGUCUCAACUUCCGAAGAGACAAGUGUCUGGUUUUCCACCUCUCCAAGAUGCGUCGGCUAUUGCCAAGGUUCUGAUCGAUAUUACGACAAAUAUCGCUUCACUGUUUGUCGAGGCUUUGGAUGUUUUCAAUCAAUCGAGCAUUCUUAUUGCAAUUGGCACCGUGAUAGGGAAGGCUUCGCUUGGUCUGCUCGAUGUUGUUGGCGUCAUCAUUCGAGAUGUUCCCGGUAUUCAGCAGGCUAUUCAACUCGUAGUAGGCAUUCUCAAAAAGGUGCUUGCCUUCAACUAG